AUGUGCCUGGUGAUACCCUUCUCUCUCGCACUAUCCGAUCUGGCAAUUGACGUCAUUCAUCGUACCCCCGCCAUCUCGGAGACGAUUCAUAGAAACCAAGACACGAUCGACCGUUACAAGGGCGGUAUUAUAGGAGCGGUUCCCGUCGCCAGGGUCAACAAUGAUACAUGGAGCACCCUGCGGGCGGCUAAUGCCGAUCUCGACGACAACAUUGAAUUCAACGACGAGGAGUCUGAUAUGAUUGUUCCCAACCUCACCUCCAUCAAUGACGAAGCUAUCAGGUUAUACGAUGCAUAUGGAACGAAGGCACCGGUAUUGAACCAAGCCGGCGUAGGAUUCAUGGUUCCGAUCUCUUUACAGGUGUUGUUUCGAGAAGCGGACGACUAUAUGGCUGCGCUGAGAAAACAAGUCACUCCGAACCAUGUGACAGCUAUGAACCAGAUAACUGCUGAUCAUACAGUAGUCUGGAAAGCCACAUUUAAUGCUUUCGAGAAAAACAGGAGUUCAGAGCCCUCGCAGGAUUACAAGAAUUAA